AAAAAAAAGCCAAUACAUAGAAGUGAAUUUGCAAAAUCGCGAGAGAGAGAUCACACGAAAGAAAAUUAUUUCCCAUAAAUAUUUUCUGAUUUCUCUAAUUAUUUUCCUCUACUAGAAUAGUUUCAUUUCUGUUUUAGCAGUUCUGUGCACAAAAAGGCAAUUAAAGAAGUAUCUAAAUUCAGUGAAGAAAAGGUUUCCAAUGCGUGGUGAAAAUAAGGAAAAUAUAUUGAGUGAAAAAAUAUUGGCAGAAGUCAUAGCCGAUGAUAUAAAAGCCAAUCAAAAGUCAUUAAUUGACUCAUCUUCGUGCAAUAAACCGGAAAGGAAGAUAUGGUUCAAAGGCGUACGUGCCAGCAAAUUUCGCCACGUUUUCGGAUCAUCGAGGAAAGAAUGUUACACUGACAUUAGCAUUCAUCGUAAUGGAAAAGAUGGAAAUUUAGUUUGCGUCAAUCCAAAUUUUCUUGCCAUUGAGGCGGACGCAGCAUUUAUUGUAAUUCCAUUAACCACAACUGGGCGCAUUGACUUUCAACGUUGUAAGGUCAUCGGACAUACAAGUCAGAUUUUUGACCUAAAAUGGAAUCCUUUCAAUGACUAUGAAAUUGCAUCAGCAUCGGAUGAUUGCACUAUAAAAUUGUGGAACAUUCCCGUCGGUGGAUUAACAAGCUGUUUAUCGGAUUACAAAGCUGAGUUUCUUGGACAUCGUCGUAAAGUCACGCAACUUGAAUGGCAUCCAACGUGUGAAAAUGUUCUCAUCAGUAUUGGAUUCGAUAAUUUAGUUAUCGUCUGGGAUGUCUCAAUAAAACCAUUAAAUGGAAAUAAUAUUUUAAAAAUAAUUGAUUGUCAUGUUGACCAAAUUUAUAGUCUUGCUAUAAGUCGCGAUGGCUCGUACAUUGCAACAACAUCGAAGGACAGAAACUUGCGUAUUAUUGAACCGAGAAAUGGCAUUGUUGUUUCUCAAGGCGCCUGUCAUAAUGGCACAAAGUGUUCAAAAGUCAUCUUCUUAAGUGAUGAUAAAGUACUUACAACAGGAUUCUCGAAGCAUUGCGAUCGUCAAUAUGCUAUUUGGAAUCAACAUGAUUUGAAGAAGCCUCUUAUUUUGGCUGACAUUGACUCGUCAAGUGGAAUUAUUCAGCCGUUCUAUGAUGCUGAAACAAAGACACUGUAUUUGUGUGGAAAGGGUGAAGGAUGCAUUCGAUAUUAUGAGAUUGUUGAUGAACAACCUUAUAUUUACUAUUUAAAUCAAUUUAUCUCGGGACAGCCACAAAAGUCUCUCGGAUGGAUGCCUAAGCGUGCAUUAAAUGUUGCUUCUUGUGAAAUAUUCCGCUUCUACAAGCUUCAUGCUACUGGCAAUGUUGUUGAACCAAUAUCCUUUAUUGUACCAAGAAAAUCAUCAUUAUUUCAAGCAGAUAUUUAUCCUGACACAUUGUCAACUACGGCUGCUAUGAAUAUCAAUGAAUGGUUUGUUCUUGGCAAAAAUGCAAAGCCUAUACUAAUGCCCAUGCAUAGAGAACCAUCGAAUGAAGUUAUUUUAAGAAGAAUCACACACAUUAACGAAAAUGCUGUUAUUCGAAAUAAAGACAAGAAUGAAGAAAACAAAGUUGUUCAUAAGCAAACGGAAAUAAUUGUGGAAACAAGAAACAGCAAAGUAAUUGCUGACAAUAACAUUAACAAGAAAUUUGCGUUUUUAUCUCAUGAAACUGUUCCUGAUUAUCGACCAGCCAAUGAGCGCAUUUAUAAUAAACAAGAAAAGACAAAUACCAAUCAAAGUACAAAAAUUCAACAAUUGCAAUCGAUUUUCGGUCAACAACCAAAAGAAUCCGACCAUAAUAAUUCCCCAAAGCAUAUUAAUUCUUUGGAAAAUGUUAAUCUGGUUCAUGCUGAAAAUGAGCUAAAGAAGAUAAUUCAACAGCAAUCUGAUGAGAUCAAAAAUCUUCGCAAUCAAUUGAAAACUUCUGACAAAAGGAUUCGUGAACUGGAAUUUGAGGUUAAGAAAUUGCGUUUAGAAGUGAAGAACUAAGCCUCAAAUAAUAUUAUAUCAUUUACAAUAUGAUACACCAUGCGUAAGGCUUCGUGAUGCCUACAUUUUAUUUCUAUUUUAUAAGUAUAUUAAGAUUAAUUUUGCACGAAACGUGAUGACUUAUGUUUUUCAUACUUUUUAUUUGUGAUAAAAUACGAAGCACAAUUUAUGUUUAUUGUUUAAGUCUUAUGUAGGAAUGAUAUGCUAAAAAAAACUUUAGAAUUGGAUAUAAAAAAAAUUAAUAUGUGUUAUCAGCUGAGCUUUUAACGUACAUCACAAAACAGAACGCGCGUUGUGAGAUAAAAAAAUAUUUUUAAUUAUUAAGGACAGUCGCUUACUUAUAGAUGUGUAGGGUUUUUAAUCUUUCCUAUUAAUGAUGUUGCAAAGACUUGACAAAAAAAAGAGAAUUCCAAUAUUUUUUUGGCUUUUGACAAAAAUUUUAUGACAACUUUUGAUGAAACUUUUUGCAUUUAUUAAAAAAAUGAGAGAAUAAUUGAAGAAAUCGAUAAGACAUGGCUUUUUACAACAGUGAUGUUCAAACUUUUCUAUCCGCAAACUCAAACCUUCAAUGAAAAAAAAAUUUUUACACUUUUUAUUCCUUCACAUGCACAGAGGCUGAGAGCUUCAAUAUAUAUUUUUUUGGUGUGCAUCGAAGGAUUCUAAUGCUAGAGAAAUGCUUAAAAUCACUUAAUAAGAAUGGUUCUGCUAACAGUUUGAAUAUCUCUGGCUUUUAUUCAUUCCAAAUUUUGACAAUUUUAGUUCUCUAUUAAAUUUAUUUGGUCACAAACAGUAAAGACAGAAUGAAUAGUAUUUGAUUAGUAGCUCAAGCAAAAAUCAACAAUUCAAUAGAUUUAAGGACAACUGUAUGCAUUGCAUAACAAUAGAAAUUCAUAUAUUUAAGGGCAUAUAAAGUAUUUUUAUAAUCAUAUUUUCUGCUACAUAAUAUUUGGUCGAUGAUGAUACAAACUCAAUAAAUUGAAAAAUCAUAAGAUUAACAAUGAGACAAAAACAAAUUAAUAAUAUAAAAAUGAUUGCUGAUUUUACGUAGUGAUAUUAAUAAGCUUGAUAAAAACAAUUAUAUCCAAAGAGAUCAAUCAUCAAUAAAAAGCUUAUCAAAAAAAAGAAGGCGAAGAAGAAAGAAAAAAAAAUUUGAACAAGUGUUUAUUUACUUCUGUUCUAGCGAGACUUAUA